UCGAUCCAAUCAUUUCCAAAUACACAUCAUCAGAGUUAGCAGCCAUGAAGUUACACCCAGUUGUUAUAUUCGUCGUAUUUGGUCUCGCCCUUGCUGAAGAUGGGCCCGAUGCGCGAUUGAUUGGGGGAACCAAUGCUGCCUGGGGUCAAUUUCCCAUGGUUGUAUCGAUUAGCACUCCCUUCCAUUUGCACUGCGGAGGAGUUAUCGUUGACCGGCAGCAUAUUCUAACAUCCGCCCAGUGUGUUUUGAACAAUCAAAAUCGUCUGAUUGAUCCAUACUGGCUGACGAUUACAGCCGGCGACAUCAAUCUGGCCCCCGUCGGAAUUCGUCGCCAAACAAGGAAGGUCACGCGAAUCUACGUGCAUCCAGAGUUUAACCUGUUCACCCGUGAACAUGACGUGGCUGUUCUACGAUUGGAUCGUCCCUACGAUUUGCCAUCGAAUACUGUCAGUGUUGCCCGUCGCAGUGACCGGAUCAUACCGAAUGGGCAGCCGUGUCAAUUUACCGGUUGGGGGGCGUCUUCCAACGCUGCCAGUGCACAAUUGAACGUCAUCCAGCGAAUUUUGACGAUGAACAUUAACGAUCGCGAUCUUUGCAACCAGGCCACAAUGCACGCCGGUCGGGUGUUGGAAAGCAUGAUCUGUGCUGGCAAUAUGGGAAUUUCGGGAACAGCUGCUCCAUGCAACGGUAAUCUGGGUACCGGGCUGUUCUGCAAUCGUCAGUUGGUUGGAAUAUUGUCGUUCGGUGUCAAUUGCGGAAUGGCGAAUAAUCCUCCGGUGUUCACCCAGGUUCGUUACUACAGCCACUGGAUUGAUCAACAGUUCAAUCGAACCGAAGGACUGCCACCGAACUGGUCACCAGCUCAUUUAUAAAGGAUGUAUUUGUAGAUAAUGAAAAUUUUAAGAAAAAGUAAACAUUAGAAGACUGUUCGAGGGAAUCGAUAUCAAAUAAACUGUUUCUGUUGUAUUUUUUUAAUGUGA